CUUCGUCGUUCUCAGUGUCAAGUAUCAGCCUUUCCCCUCUGACUCCCUUCCCUGCUCUCUCUUUCUCUCUCUAACUUCGAGGUGUGUCGAACCCUAGGUAGUCAGAUUCCAUUGCUUCAAAUCAAUAGAACUUCAGUCUCUGUUCUACUUUUUUUCCACAGCGAGUUUUUUCACAGAGUAAUUUCAGGGCAAAAUUAACUCAGAUUAUGGAUUGUACACUUUGGGAUUCAUCGUGGGAUCAAGAUAUGAUAGAAGAAAGCAGUUAUUAUAUGGGACAAGGAUGGCAGUGCGACUUUUACUUUGGUUAUGGGCAUGAUAUGAUAGAAGAAAAUGCUUUAAAUGAGAAACUUUGUGUGCAAGUGCUGAGGAUGUUGAUAACUAAAGCAGAUUCAGAAAUUAAUGAACUUGAAGAAGAUCUGGUCAUCCUUCAAAACCAACUAGCCUGGGCUGAUGAAGAAUGGUCUAAAAUUUGCUGUGCUACAUUGACAGAAAAGAUUGAUUGCCUUGUCACUUCAAUACAAAGCUUGAAGAAUGAAAAUGGGCAAGAUAUGGAUGACUUUGGUGUUGCUUUACCGAUGCAUAGAGAGCCAGCUGAGCGAGUGCAUGAAAUAGUAAAGGCUCUACUCAGAAAUUACUUCCAACAGAAAGAUGAGCAGCCGGCGAAAACCAUUCUACAAAAUUCCCAUUCAGACAUUGAGAAACUGGUGAUUGACCACUCCUGCAAGGAACAAAAUUUAAGAAAUCCCGAUUUAAAAAUUAGUGGUGAAGAAGCCAUAGAAAGGAGCUCAGGUGCUGCAGAUCCAAUUGUAGAUCUACUUUUAAAACAUGAAGAGGAAUGUACAGAUGUCGCAGAAAAGGACAAGCAGGAGGACAUCAUCAUUGGAGAUUCUAGCUCAGAUGCUUUGGAACAUGCAAUUGACAACUCCAGUAAUAAAAUAGAAUUGAGCGAGUUUGACUCGAAAGUUAAUAGGAAGGAGGGAGGCAAAUGUAACAAGUCUACAACUAUGGGCAGAAGUAAAAUCUCCAGUUCGUCAUUUAAGUCUGCAAGGAAGGGAACAAACUUACCAGAAACACAGGAGGACAUCAUCAUCAAAGAUUCUAGCUCAGAUGCUUUGGAACAUGCAUUUGACCACUCCAGUGAGAAAAUAGAAUUGAGCAAGUUUGACUCGAAAGUUAAUAGGAAGGAGGGAGACCAAAAUAACAAGUCUACAACUAUGGGCAGAAGUAAAAUCUCCAGUUCGUCAUUUAAGUCUGCAAGGAAGGGAACAAACUUACCAGAAACACAGGAGGACAUCAUCAUCAAAGAUUCUAGCUCAGAUGCUUUGGAACAUGCAUUUGACCACUCCAGUGAGAAAAUAGAAUUGAGCAAGUUUGACUCGAAAGUUAAUAGGAAGGAGGGAGACCAAAAUAACAAGUCUACAACUAUGGGCAGAAGUAAAAUCUCGGAUUUGUCAUUGAAGUCCGCAAGGAAGGGAAGAAGCUUACCAGAAACACAGGAGGACACCAUCAUCAAAGAUUCUAGCUCGGAUGCUUUGGAACAUGCAGUUGACAACUUUAGUGAGAAAAUAGAAUCGAGCAAAUUGGACUCUAAAGUUAAUGGGAAGGAGGGAGGCCAAAAUAACAAGUCUACAACUAUGGGCAGAAGUAAAAUCUCCAAUUUGUCAUUGAAUUCCGCCAGGAAAGGAACAAACUUACCAGAAACACUUGGAAAUGCUAUAUUAAAAGAUUCCAAUUCAGAUGCUUCAAGACUUGCAACUGGUUCCAAGGGGAAGGACAAGUUGAGCAAGACUGAUUUAGAAGUUAUUGUGAAGAAGGAAAUCAUAGAAAUGUAUUCCGUGGAGAAAAGAACUAUCUUAAAAUCAUCUUUGAAGCCUGGAAUAGAGAGAACCAAUAUUUCAGAAACAAUUGAGCCUGCAGGUGCAAUUCUUUCUUCCAAAUCUGAUGCUUCAGAAGCAGUAACUGAGGACUCUAAACCAAAACUAAGUGGAGGACAUGGUGCUACUCAGACUGACAAGAUGAACUCUUUUAAUUUGUCUUCGAAGAGAGAGAAGAUAAUAAAAUCUCCAUCGAGGGUGAAGGGCCAAGACGACUUCUCUGAAGACACCUUUGAAGACUCACUCAGAGUGGUAUUAUGUCGGAUAAGAGGAGAUACAAUCAGGACACAGUCAAAGACAAAACGAAGACCAAAACCAAGACAAGUUCAAAAUGCUGAACUAGCUGCCACAGGCAAGUCGAAUUCAAACUCGUCCCUGAAUCCCCAAAGACAGAGAGUGAAGAGAGAACUUGAAUUAAUUCCAGUGCGCGUUCUGGAAUCAGGUUUCUCUUCUGUGGAAGUUCAUUCAGAUGCAUCUUCCAUAAAAUCCAAGAGGCAAUUGGGAUUUGGAAUGGCUGACGACCAGAUCAGCUCCAAUCAGUCUGCAAGCAUGGGAACCAAUAAGAAGGCCCAGUCAGGCAUGUGCUGCACUGAAGAAAAACACGGUGUCACUGCAGAUGUCGGCACAGAAGUUCCACUGUCGAAUUAUAAAAGAAAAAAGAGUUCAAAUUCAGCCGACCAUAACAAGACUAAAAAGUUGAGGGGCCUUCAAAUCAAUUCAGAGCAGUUGCACACACCAGACAGUGCAACCGGAAAAGAUCUUUGGAUCACCGACUGCUCCUUCACUAAGGAUUCUGAUAAGGAUACUGUUAAACUGUUGCCUUGUCCCGAACUGCCUUAUCCAGAUGUUGUGGCUUUAAAAAAUUUGUCAUUAGUUGAUUUAAAAGCCAUAGCAAAGCAACGGGGAAUGAAAGGGUAUUCUAAACUUCGUAAAGCUGUUCUUACUGUUAAACUGUUGCCUUGUCCUGAACUGCCUUAUCCAGAUGUUGUGGCUUUUAAAAAUUUGUCAUUAGUUGAUUUAAAAGCCAUAGCAAAGCAACGGGGAAUGAAAGGGUAUUCUAAACUUCGUAAAGCUGUUCUUGCAAAUCGGCUAGGCCUGAACAUGGAAGGUAGAGGAGGAAAUGAAGGGAAGAAGGAGCUGCUGCCGUCGCCAUUGAUGAUAGAAGGUGUGCCUGAGUCUGAGAAGUGAUGAACGCUUCUCACUAUAUACAAAGAUUUGUGAAAGUCGCUGCCUGUUUUUGUUAUGGCACAUUUACAAGAUGGUAUACGAGAAAUAUGAAGCAAUUUUGAGAUCAUGCAAGAGCAAUUUCCCCCUUGGCUUCUUCAGAUAAAAUUCAAAUUGGGUUAUCAACUAUGAGUAGAUCAAGAUUUGACCAAAUUAGCCUACUUUUUAGUAGUAGUUAAAUACUAGAAUUUUAAAUUUCCACUAGGGGGCAUCUGAAUGCACCAAAUCUAGUACCUCUUUAGGUCCAUACCUUUUAGCCGGGGAAAGGCAUUUUGGUCAACCAGCGGAGAGUCCAGAUGCCCAUUAUUAACCAGCCAUUGGAUCCUAUCCUAUGCAGAUGUGGUUUUGAAGUCUCACACAUUUGUACAGAGUGUGAUAAGUAUAUAUAUAUAUAUGCUAUUAUUAAA